UGCCGAUCACACAACUCCGUCCACUCGCGCUCUCUUCGUGAUCUGAUCCGUCCAACCUUUUAAGCCUAAGCGGGAUGCCCGACCCACCGACAACCGGAUUAUCCGGCCGCGAAGCCUAGGUGCUUUCCAUUCCUUCCGUCCAUGGUGGUCAGACUGAGAUGACCUUCAAGAUGCCCAUCGUGUCUAAGGAUGAGAUGGCUCUGCGGUUCCAUCAGAACUGGCGCGAGCAGAACCCAGAGGACUUAAUCAGCGAUGUCGAUGACUGUCUCACCGAUCUAAAUUGGCUGCAGAAUCUUAAUAUCAUGACUAAGUUCGGGGCCCCUACCCCUGAAACACCACCCGCCAGCCCUGUGCCCUCGCCGGAAGCCAACAAGGGCCUGCUGUUCGCCAAGACCAAAGUGUCCUCCUCUUUCUGCAGCAAGCCCCCUCAGGUGGAGGAUGUCGACUACAAGACCAAUGGUAGUGUGAAACCCCCUUACUCGUACGCAACGCUCAUUUGCAUGGCCAUGAAGGCCAACAAGAACAAAAUGACUCUUUCGGCCAUUUACAAGUGGAUAAAGGAGAAUUUCAUGUACUAUAGGAAUGCCGAUCCCAGUUGGCAGAAUUCCAUCCGUCACAACUUAUCGCUCAACAAAUGUUUCAUUAAAAUCCCCAGGAGUAAAGACGAGCCUGGAAAAGGCGGCUUUUGGCGACUCGACCCACAAUACGCCGAAUCUCUGGUUGAUGGCAUCUUCAAGAAAAGGAGGCCUGCCCAGAGGCAGGCUAGUAACGGGAAUGCCAAGAAAUCUCGGCGAGAUACCGCCACGACUACACCAAAACUGAAAGGACAGUCCGACACCCUUACCAGAGUCCUAGAGACGUUCCAGCAAGACACUCCACCCAGCUCUGCUGGUUCACUUGUUUCUCACACCGAGGUGGAAAUGUUGGCAGAUCUGAAACCCUUACAGACUCAAGAAUUGUUCGCCUACACUACUAACAGCCUAUGCGAUUUUCAGACCGAUCGCCUUUUGAUUCCCUCUUCACAAUCAGUCCAUACCAAAUUGCAACCAUCUCCGUCCAUUUCGGAUCAAAAUGAUGAAGCACUUCAAGUACUGGAACCCAUCCCCCACGUCAACAUGGUCAAUGGUGGAUUGCGCGUUAGCCAUCACUCUACCAUCAACGAUCACAAUGCCGCCACCACUACCAAUAAUAAUGACGUCUGUUGGAACGACGUCCUUGGAGAUCAAGACUUAGAGCUGGAAAAUCUCUAUAAAUAUAGACCAGAAGAUUCGAUUUCCUCAGUUGUGAACACAGCCUUGGCCCUGAAUGACGACUUGUUUAGCUCAGACGGCAGCAGUUCGGACCUGCCAACAGAACUGGACCUGGUUUCGACCGAUCAACUUGACAUGAGUGCUACCACUGGCCAAGCUAUGCCGACCACAACGGACUGGUGGGGUUUCCAGCACCCCUCUCUAGAUGUCACUCUCACACCUCUGCUCAGUAUUUCUGUACCUUUCAAUGGCAACGGAGCAUCAACCGUUGCCAAUCUUGGCGGGAACUGCAACAACUUCAAUAAUAACUAUGUUCAGAAUGCGACCUCCUACGUGUUAGACAGGCCGGCUCAAUCUCAAGAUCCGCUCCAAAAUCAACCAUGGGCUGAGUGCAAGGCAGCUUUAGAGGCGGUUGCCUUUGAUCUCGAUGAUCUAGGAGAUUUGGAUCCAGUCCACGUGUAUUAAGACAAAGCGUCGUUCUCCCUAGUAUUAUGAACUGUUCCGUAAAUUUCUUGCUUUAAGAAUGCUGGGAUUUCUAUCCACAAUCGAUGAAUCUCUUUUGGACAUUUUUAAAUACUUUUGACAAUCAUUUG